AUGGUCGAGGAGAAGAAGGAAGUAAAGAAGAAGAAGAAGGUAGAGAAGGAUGAGAAGAAGUGGCAGAAGGAACGCGAAAGGAAAAGACAGGAAGCCACAGCAGAAGAGGAAAGGAAGAAGCAGGAAGCAGCAGCAGAAGAAGGAAGGAAGAAGCAGGAAGCAGCAGCAGCAGAGGAGAGAAAGAAGCAGGAAGCCGCAGCAGAAGAAGAGAGGAAGAAGCAGGAAGCCGCAGCAGAAGAAGAGAGGAAGAAGCAGGAAGCCGCAGCAGAAGAGGAAAGGAAGAAAAGGCAGGCAGCAGCAGCAGCAGAGGAAAAGGACAGGAAGAGACGAGAGGCAGCAGCAGCGGCAGAAGCAGAAAGGAAGAGACGAGAGGCAGCAGCAGCAGAAGCAGAGAGGAAGAAGCAAGAGGCAGCAGCAAGAGAAGGAAAAGAAGAUGAAAAUGAAAGUUUGAGGAUUGAGAUGGCCCAGCUUCGUGAGUUGGUCAGAGGAAUGAAGGAACAGCAAGCCUCAGACAAAAGGAAGAUCAUCUCGCUUCAGGAAGAGCUCAAGAAGGCCACAGACAGUGAAGGAAGCACAGGAGAAGGAAAGAAGAAGGACAAGCCGAUUGGCCCACAGGAUCGAAGCCAAUUCAGAGUUGGAGGAAGUGAAGGAGCUCAGGAACUGUAUGCGAUCUUUCCUUACGAAGGAUUAGAUUUCCAGUGGAAAUGGGUGCAGGCCACAAAGGCAUGGCUCUACUACGACGUGAACCAGAACUUGUGGAUCAAGGACAGCGAAGAUGAAGAUGGAGGAUCAGCAGCGCUCAGUCGAGCAGUGAGGAGUGAGUUUCAAGAUGAGAAGGAAGCCAGAACAAAGGAAGAUGCGGAGAGCUUGGCCUUCCCUUUCGGAUGGAUGCAGCUGGCAAUGUCGCAUCAGAACGUGCUCGACGUGACAGGCCUGGAUGGAGUGGUGGUCGUGCGCUUCCUUGACCUGGGCUUCAAGUUCUGUAUCCUGGGCUGCGUGGUCUGUGCUGCGUUGGUGCCCAUGUAUGGCAACUCUGGAUGCAACGAGGUGCACUUCAAGCGCUGGACUCUGUCCAACAUCAGCUGCAUUGAAGUGGAAGAGAGCCAUUCGAUGAUGUUCGACGUGGUCGUCGCCGCGGCCUACUUGCUCAACGCAGGGUUCUACCAUUUCAUGGUGGGCGAGUGGGCCAACUUCCUCAACUUCCGAAAGAAGCGCUUCAAGCAGAUGGUGCUGGGUAGCUUGGGCAACAGCGCGGCCCAAGCCAGCCGGUCAGUCUUGGUGGAGAAUGUGCCGAAGGAGCUGCGGUCCGCAGAGGCGUUACAUCGCUACUUCGAGCGGCAAUUUGGUCCAGGCUCCGUGCACUCCGUGGUGGUCCAAAGUGACACACGUGCCCUACACCGCAUCGAGAACUGCUGCACCUCCCGGCUGUUUUGCUGCUGCCGCGCUUCCGAGCGGCUCGAGAACUUGCGCGCUGUGGUCCGGCCGGAUGUGUUCUGGGGAACACAGCUCGGCGAUCUCAGCAGGGGAAGGCGCAGUCGGCGGACCAGCUGCUUCGUUGAUGAGUCGACGUUGCUGAGCGGUUUAGACUUGCCCGUGGUGGCCAGGGACUUCUCCAGGAAGGUCAAGACCUACACCACCACUUUCGCGGGCACGGUUGCCAAGGCUUUGCCGGCCACCGAGCUUGUUCGUAGCUCCAGCUCCUGCUCGUCCACAGCCUUUGCAACCUUUGCCACCGUGCAAACGUCGUGUGUGGUAGUGUACCUGGGCUGCGAGUUGAGCUUCGCUCUGGCCUGA